ACGGUGGCCGGGGAAGGCCAAUCCGCGGUGCGAUGUGGGGGUGUGGCAUUGAUUGUAGGACCGGACGUGCGGGGUCCGUUCUUCCCCAGCCUUUCAUUCUUGCUCUAACAUGGUGUUUCCCGCCUCAGAAAGUCAGGCCCGUCAUUCCCCGGCUGCUCUUGAAGACUUGCGUCCGUUGACCCACUUCCUCGGGACAACAGUGAGGCCCAGAGGACGUCACACUGGGACGUUCGAGCUCCCUGCGACACAGCCGGUUGCAGACAGCCCUCGGUGGGGACGGUUGGAAGGCGUUCUCGCUCCCGCGGAGCCGGUGUGCAGGAGGAAACGCGGAGUCCGUAGCCGGGGUCAGAGAAGCUCCAUGGAUCAUGGAAAUGUCAACCUUGGGAAUUACUCAGAGAGUGUGCAGAAUCAACCAGCUAACACUAGGGUUUCUUCCUCGAGACAAUUUGAACCCAUUUGCAAAUUUCACUGGAUAGAAGCAUUUAAUGAUGAGAUGACAUUUCAAGACCUGGGGGAGGAUUUUUCUUACUCGGAGAAGCCAGAGUUGCAAAGCCAGGAAUAUAAUGAUACAGCAGAUGCCAGCAAGAAGCUAGAUGCAUAUAAGGGAGAAAGUCCAAUGGAAGAUAGCAUUUCCGAAAAUAAAGACCAACUUGCUGAUGAGUACCUCAGGAGAUCUCCUCGAGGUCUUUCUCUGAAUUACUACAGAGGAGAGACACAGCCAUGUGUGGAAAAGUCACUGGCUAGAAGCACUGUUGUAGAUGUCGCCCUCAACAUCAGUCAGUCUCAAAGCUUUCUGUGUAAAGAAAAUGUCUGCGGAAGUAGUGAAGAUGCAUUUGAUGGUGAGAAUUGCUUAGACCUGCUUGACUUCAGAACUAACUAUGAAACAGAGGAGCCUGAAGUUUCUUCAAAAGAAAUAGAGAAUUCUGGGGAGAUUUCUGAGAUGUCAGUUAGUCACCAGGAGGAAGUCACAGAAGACGGUGUAGACAGCCUAGCCAUUACCUCAUCUUGGACUCCAGCAGGCAUCUUCAAGAGCAGAUCUCAGGACAAGUGUAUGACGCCUGAUAGGGAGCUAAGCUUUGAAAACUUGGAGCCUCUGGAAGAGGACAUGGCUUUAAACGAAGCCUUGCAGAGAUUAAAACAGGCUAACAGAAAACAGGAGAAGCAGAUCCAAGACCUCCACGGUAGGAACCUGCACUUGGAAAACAGGCUUAAAGAACUACAGAUGAAGGUCACCAAACAGCAGAUGUUGGUUGACAUCAUAAACAAACUAAAGGAGAACAUGGAGGCGUUAAUCGAUGACAAAUACAACGUCCUCCUAGAGAAGAAUGAUAUCAACAAGAAAUUUCAGGAUCUGCAGGAGGUUUCUGCCACCGCCAAAAAGCACCUUCAGGAAUCCAAGAAAGACAAGGAGACCUUGCAGCUCCAGGUUAAAAAGAUCAAGGUCCAUUACGUCCGUUUACAGGAAAGGUACAUGGCCGAGAUACAGCAGAGAAACAGAUCAGUCAGCCAGUGCCUGGAGAUAGAGAAGACCUUAAGCCAGAAAGACCAAGAGCUACAGAGACUGCAGCAGCAGAAAGGCGAGCUGGAGAUUGCCACCAGUUCCGCUUUGGGCUUGUUGAAAAGGGAGAAGGAGAUCCGGGAACAAGAGUUCGUGGCCUUUCAGGAGGAAUUCCAGAAGCGGGAAAAGGAGAACCUGAAAGAAAGACGGAAAUUGAAAUCUAAAGUUGAGAAGCUGAUCGCGGAAGUGAAAAGUUUGCUCUUCACCUGCGAGAGCGAGAGAGCUAAAAGUACGAAGCUCCAGCAGCAGGUCGACGAGCUGAAGCAGGAAAAGGAAGAGCUCCAGCAGCAGGCUGCAAAGGGGGAGGCACAAACUUGCACCCCUAACUUUGAGAUAAUCCAGUCCAGGGAGCAGCUGGAGGAAGUGAUGGAGGCAUCCGGCACCCAGGGUACAAAGUGGCUCCAUUCUAAUUUGUUCGUGGAUUGCUCGCCUUGUAAAGAAACCCUGGAACUCCCACCUAUGACGAGGACUUGCCCACUGGCCUCUAGAAUCCACAGUCUUUUGGCCCUGACAAUAGGACUUCUCACAUGUCAGGAUACCGUCAUUCCUGACGCUGAACAUUGCCAAGAAAGCCAGAAAGCUAAUGACGUAAUGCUGCAAAAACUGAAGAGCUUUCACCUUAGGAAGAGAGAUUUAGAGAAAGAGUUAUUGAAACAUAAAAACAGAAUUGCAACUCUUAAAGAGUUAAUUGCUCAUGAGAAAGCACUUCCAGAUCACACUACUGAGGUCACAGAUAUUGAUUCGGAAGAAGCCAGGAAUGCCAGAGAUGCACCUGUGUUACUGGCAGUCAAACUGGAUAAAUACCACAAUCUAAAUGAGGAGCUUGAUUUCUUGAUCACAAAGCUGGGGGGCCUUCUGGAGAGCAAAGAAGACCACUACAGCAGACUCAUGGAGGAGAAUAACAAGUACCGAAGACAUGUAGGCAGCUUAAUAAAUAAGGUAACGUCAUAUGAAGAAAUUAUCAAAUGUGCUGACCAAAGACUUGAGAUAUCCCAUUCUCAGAUUGCACAUUUGGAAGAGAGAAAUAGACAUUUGGAAGAUUUAAUUAGAAUGCCCAAAGAGAAAGCCAGAAGGUCAAGAACAGUCUCAGUCAUGUAGCCCCGUGCAGCAGGAUAUGUACGCGAUCUUUUAGGUCAACUACCAAGAUUAGAAAAUCAUCCAAAGUCCAUGACCUUAAUAGGUCAUCUUGAUGGACACUGUAAAGAAUGUUCUAUUUCCGUGUGAACUGACUGUAAUACAUGAUUAAAUACUCAAUUCCUGAAGUUAA